GUAACCUAGUCCUCAACGCUGUUCUUUUGGCUCACUAGAAUUGAGGGCAGUAAUUUGGUGUUUUGGACGGAGCCCAGCCCGGGGAGCGGCUGCGCCAGGAUGGAACCAGUUCUGGGUGUGAACUCGACGCUAAAACAACUUCCCUUUCCAACCUUCCCGACGGCGCCGCUGAAAACAUUUCGGCUUCCGUAGCUGAAGUAGCUCAUAGUGUAGACUUUUUUCCCCCCUUCCAUUCCAAUUAUUUAAUAUUUUAAUUCAUUUGGUUUGUUACUUUUGUUGUAUUUUUCAAGCGAAGCGACGGGGUAUUUUUUUUCUUUAAAAAAUGAGCGUUAAAGAGAAAUGUCAUGGAGUUUUAAUUUUAAAGUGUCAGGACCAAGAGGAGAGCCUGUUAGCGUCGGUGUUAGCUUCACGGCUAGCGCGUCCGUGCACUUAAUGCUAAUUGUUUAGGUGUUAAUGCUAACGCUAGCAUUGAUAAAUGUCGUGUAAAGUGCUGAAUGAAUGAUAAUAAUUUAUUAAUCAAUUAAUUAAUAAUAUAAGAAAAAAAGAGGGGUUUCUGUGUGGGUGGUUUGGACAUAGGUUCGCUGUGUUUGUUUAACAGUUUUUAAGCUUAGCCGAUAGCUUGAAGUAGGAAAUACGGUCCGCAAAUAACUGUUUCUUUUCGGUGUCUACUUGUUUAAAAACAAACAAACGAUUUAAGUCAGGAUCAGGAGUGAUUUUUUUUUGUUUAAAUCCGAAAUCUAAAAUAUAAUGGAAGAGUUUGUGUGUUGACGGAUUUAUUUGAGAGGAGAAAAAUAAAUAACAAGCACUAUGAGCCUGAUCACACGGAUUUACGCUGAUGCUUGAUGGUCUUAGACACUCGGUUGCGGUUGUAAAUAAGCCCGGUUUAUAUAGAUGGUUGUACACCGGAAGAGAACUCUGUCCAAAUCCGUGAACACUGAAUUUCAGCAGCAGCAACAUGUCUGGAGAGAGCAGCGGCAGCAGCAGCAGUGAAGACUCGGACAGAGAGAGCAGGAAGAAAACCUGCACCGUCAAACAUGAGAUCACCACCGCGAACCUCACAGGACACACUGAGAAAGUUGGCAUGGAGAACUUUGAACUUCUCAAAGUGCUCGGCACUGGAGCCUAUGGAAAAGUCUUCCUAGUCCGGAAGAUCAGUGGCCACGAUGAAGGCAAACUUUAUGCCAUGAAGGUUCUGAAGAAGGCAGCGAUCGUUCAGAAAGCGAAGACGGCAGAGCACACACGGACAGAGAGGCAGGUUCUUGAACACAUUCGCCAGUCGCCUUUCUUGGUCACUCUGCACUACGCCUUCCAGACCCAGACCAAACUCCACCUUAUCCUGGAUUAUGUGAGCGGAGGAGAGAUGUUCACUCACCUUUACCAGCGUGAUCACUUUUCUGAGGAUGAGGUGCGAAUCUACAUAGGAGAAAUCGUGCUCGCGCUGGAGCACUUGCACAAGCUUGGCAUCGUGUAUCGGGACAUUAAGCUGGAGAACAUUUUGUUGGAUAGCGACGGUCAUGUGGUGCUCACGGAUUUUGGCCUGAGUAAGGAGUUUUUGGAGGAGGAGAAAGAGAGGACGUACUCAUUCUGUGGCACCAUUGAGUACAUGGCCCCAGAAAUCAUCAGAGGAAAGACCGGCCAUGGCAAGUCAGUAGAUUGGUGGAGUUUGGGGAUCCUCAUGUUCGAGUUGUUGACUGGUGCGUCCCCUUUCACCUUGGAGGGCGAGAGGAAUUCGCAGAGCGAGGUGUCCAAGCGAAUUCUACGCUGCGAGCCUCCUUUCCCGUCUAUAAUCGGGCCGGUGGCUCAGGACCUCAUCAGGAAGCUCCUGGUAAAAGACCCACAUAAGAGACUGGGGUCUGGGCCCAGAGGAGCCGAGGAUAUUAAAAGUCAUCCUUUCUUCAAGAGUUUAAAUUGGGCCGAUCUGGCGGCGAAGAAGGUCGCGAGCCCGUUCAAGCCAGAGCUGCGUAAUGAGCUGGACGUGGGGAAUUUUGCUGAGGAAUUCACAGGCAUGGAGCCGGUCUACUCCCCUGCUAGCACCCCGCCCAGCACUGACCGUCUCUUCCAGGGCUACUCAUUUGUAGCUCCAUCCAUCUUGUUCAACAAGAACGCAGUGAUGGGAGAUUUCUUAGACGCUCCAGUGAGUGUGGAGCGACCCGGCUCUGCUACGGUUCAGCGCAGCGCCAUGUUAAAGGAGUCCCAGUUUUUCCUGCAUUACGAGCUGUGUCUUCAGGAGCCACCACUGGGCGAGGGCAGCUUCUCCAUCUGCAGGAGGUGCAGGCACAAGCAGACCGGCCAGGAGUAUGCGGUUAAAAUCGUCAGCCGCAGGAUGGAGGCCAUGACUCAGCGGGAGAUCGCCGCACUUCGACAGUGUGAAUCUCAUCCCAACAUAGUCACCCUCCAUGAGGUCUACACCGAUCAGUUCCACACAUACAUGGUCAUGGAGCUUCUGCGUGGGGGUGAGCUGCUGGAGCGACUGAAGAAAAAGAAGCUGUUCGCCGAAGGGGAGGCUAGUCAGCUGAUGAAGAGCCUGGUGUCAGCCGUCAGCUUCAUGCACGAGGCCGGAGUCGUGCACCGAGACCUCAAGCCAGAGAACGUCCUUUUUGCAGAUGAAGCCGAAGACUCGUUGCUGAAAGUGAUCGAUUUUGGGUUUGCGCGCCUGUUUCCCGCAGGCAGCGCUCCUCUGCAGACGCCGUGCUUCACCCUGCAGUACGCUGCACCCGAACUCUUUCACAAAUCCGGAUACGACAAGGCAUGCGACCUUUGGAGCCUUGGAGUCAUCCUGUACACCAUUCUGUCCGGACAAGUGCCAUUCCUAAGUGAAAAGAAAGGAAUGACCUCAUCGCAUGCUGCUGACAUCAUGCACAAGAUUAAAGAAGGAGACUUCUCAUUGGAUGGCGAGGGUUGGAAAGGCGUGUCUGAGGAGGCCAAAGAUCUAGUCAGAGGUUUGCUUACAGUGGACCCAGAGCGGCGACUCAAGCUUUCAGAUCUGAAAGAGAACGCGUGGCUGCAGGGCGGAGGAGUGUCCUCCACCCCCCUGUGCACGCCUGACGUCCUGGAGUCCAGCGGCCCCACCGUCCGCACCUACGUCAAUGCCACGUUCAAGGCGUUUAACAGAGGCAAGCGAGAGGGUUUCUUCCUGAAGAGCGUGGACAACGCACCACUGGCCAAACGCCGCAAGCUGAAGAUGACUAGCACGGGCGUGGAGACGCGGCGCAGCUCUUCGUCCUCAUCUUCCUCAUCUUCCUCGUCAGCUUCUCUGGUUAAGGCCCAGAACCCGGACGACCCGAAACUGUGACUUAAACCUGUUUGAUGUCCAUCACCUCAGCUUUCACGCCGUCUUGACAUCUAAAUCCAGAAAGUGAGGUCACUGGGGAGAACGAUAGAGAGAGAUUCUGAAACAAAAGAUGAAAUAAGCCUGGUUGAGACUGAUCAAUAGACAGUCGUUUAACUAAAUACGACUGGAAAGUUCAUCAUGUAUGAAUCUAUAGCAGGAUCAAGCGGCAGAUUUGAUGAAGCUCAGUGACUCAUUGUUUUUAAGUGGACUCCGAUGUUUUAAUACGACGCGAGCGUAUCGAUCUGAUUGAAUGUACACACUUUUAAUGAAAUGUUACCUUGUGCGACGGUGCGCAAAAAGCGUUUUUUUAAGCGAGAAAUGUUAUUUUUCAAAAGGGAAAUGGAGAUAUAACAAGGCUAGGAUGCCGGGACAGAAAAGCCAUAUGGGAUUGAAGGGAAUUUUCUCUCUUUUUUUUUUUUUUUUUUUUUUAAAUAAGUAUAUUUAAAAAAGAAAUGCAUAUUUGUCACUGUACAAAUUGACAUCUACAGAGAACAGCUUUAUAUGAAUCAUAUACUGUAUACAUUAGGAUGAAUAGUGAAUGUCGGCGUUUGUCACGAGAACGUGCUCAAUGGCAAUAUAUGCAUGAGGUUAUUUAUUUUUUAAAAGCUGAAUCACAUGAUUUAAAAAAUAAGCGACUUGAAAAAUCGUCAUCAACUCUUUAGCAAAAGUCUUUAGUUCUAAACCUCGAGUGCUUAAUCGCUUGACUGGUGCUACUUCAUGUACGAGGAGGAGGAUGAUUUGAGCAUUAGGAUGUCGCUGUAAUGUUAAAGGUGCAAUAGGUAGGAAAACCUGAACAAUACUUUUUGCUUCCUUUUUUUUUUGUGCUUUUGUGCCUUUUUUUUUCGUGCUUGAUUUGUGUAUGGUCUGUAGUUUUCGUUACAACGUUGUAGCAUUUUUAUCAGUCUCUUUAACCAAAAGUGAGCAUUUCGUUUCGUGAUACUUUUAGAUUUAAAAGCAUAACUCCUACUUAUUGCAUCUUUACCGUCUGUCUGUUAGUUUGUGCAUCUUAUAAUAAGUGACUCGUGUGUGAACUUGCAUGCCAGCUCUGUAAAAUCCUCAAAACAAAAACAGAGGAUUUUUUUGUUUUUGGCUUUAGACACACUCUACUUGAACAGCAACAAAAAUUCCACCACCUCUUCUUUGCAAAAAUCGGGGCUCACCUGCCUUCCUUUGAAAUGUUUAAAGGGCUUCAGCACACUUGCGUCUGAAGUGUGUGUUCUCCAACACUGUGAGAGACAGAAAGCAUCAAGAAGCGAAGCUGUCUUUCACUUUUCAUUUUUUCCCCUCUCUCUCAUCCCAAGUCCCAUCUCUUUAGGAGCUGCUGGAAAGGAUGAAUCUCAUGGUUUUUUUCUUUUUCUUUCUGGAGUCUGGUGAUCUCAUAACAGCGACUGAAAGAAUGCAGACUAAGAGACCAGAAUGGACAGAUUGAAUAAAGAGCGUGAAGUCACUGAGGACACUCAUUAACCAUUCAUGAGGUUUGGGAUACCGUGAUGCCGCUGUCUGUCUGUGCCGUGUUGUCCCGAAAUGCAGCAUUCUUCUCAUUUUCAAUGCCAAAAAUAAUCCUCCAGCAAGGACACGCUGGUCAUCGUCCUGACGCGAUGACAACUUUGUCAGAUGCACUUGGCUUUGAAGGGCCCAAAGCGGCGUUCAAAGCACUAGCACACUCUGGGGUGUUCACUUUUUUUUCUUCUUUUUUUUUUCCAUUUAGCCUCUGUGUCAACAUCUGGAAAAUAAUGUGAACAAUCGAAACAUGGUUUGAGUUUUGAAUUGCUUUUCUGAUCUAUUCGAUCUUCAAUCUAUUCGAUUUUCAGUGUUUCAAAUGUGACGAUGCCAAACAAAUUCCAGUCCGCCGCAUUUAAGGACACUUUUCAUAAUUCUAACUGAUAAACACACUGAUAAUACACUUUAACAUGUCCUUUUUUUCUUUUCUUUUUUUAAAAAAUUGAAUCCUUCAAUGUUUCUACUUUGAUGAUGUCGCACAAGUUGAGAUUGAGUCUGAUGACGUGUUUCCAGCUUAAAAAGAAACGGCGUCUCACAUCUUCAAUAUUUAUUACGUUUUAUUCUGCUGUGUUAUUUUGAGUAAUGGCUUCGGCUUCCUGCCUGCUUUAUUUGGGAUCUGUGCGAUUUCGUGCGUCUAUUUUUAGUGAUGUACUUUUUCGCCGUAAGGAACAUCCUAUUCUUUGCUCCGACGAGUCCUGCACACUGCACUAAAAAAACAAAAAACAAAAAUAGUAUUAAUGGAAAUAAUCAUGGAAAAUGUUCAUGGUUUCGAUCACAAAGCGUUUAUUUGUUGUAAUGAUGAUUUUGAUUGUCUUUGGUUUCUCUUGUUGGUGUUUUGAGUCCUUUAUAUGUAUCUUAUGUUUUAAUUUCUGAAUUUGCAUGUUUUACUAUUUUACAUUUUUAUAUAACGAUUGGUGUUUCGUCUUCUGAUAAUACGGUUGUUUUUAUAAAAAAAAAAGAGCAUUAUGAAACUGAUAUCCAAUGCACUGUUUGAAGGCAAAAUGAGAGACUCCUUUUUUUCCCCCCAAAAUUGAAAACACUGUUAAAACUUUAACAUAAAAUAUAAAUCACUUCACUAUUCUUAAAUAUCCUCUAGCCUCUUAUUUGACUGUGAUAUUACACCUGUAAUAUUUUGAAACAUUUAAUUUUAUUACUAUUAUUUUAAAAGUUGAAUUAGGGUUAAGAACGUUCAUACCACUUCAUUUCCAUUUCAGAUUAAAUAUCUUCAUACACAAA